AAAUGUUACAGUUCUCUAAGCUACUGCUCCGAUUACCGAAGGGUUCUAUCAGACAGCUGUCCGCGGAGGUUUUCCAUGAGCCUCGGAGGCUUGAGGUUAAAGAAGAGGAUUCUCUCAAGCAUCAGGAUUAUUUCGGAGUCAACAAACUAUUUACUGUCAAGGAUCUAUUUGAUGCAAGGGUACAUCUAGGACACAAGGAAACAGCCAUGGAUCCUAGAAUGAAUCAAUUCAUAUUCGGCACAAGGUUUGGACAGAAUAUAAUUGAUUUGGAUCAAACAACAUUACUGUUGAGACAAGCUUUAAACUUUACUGCACAUAUAGCAUACAGAAACGGGUUGAUAUUAUUUGUUUGUCGUCAACCUCAGCUUAUUCAUAUGGUUGAUAAAGCAGCAAUAGAGUGUGGAGAAUAUAGUUUUACUCGACAGUGGUCUACUGAUACAUUCACCGCCUCUACGCUUAAAUUUGGACAGGAGGUGCGACUACCAGAUCUAGUAAUUAUUCUGCACUGUCGAGGAUCUGAGCAGUAUGCUGAACAUAGAGCUAUCCUAGACUCGGCUAAAGUUGGUAUUCCAACAGUAGGAAUCGUGGAUACUGAUUGUAAUCCUAAUCUUAUAACCUAUCCAGUCCCAGGGAAUGAUGACUCUAUCCCCAGUACUCGGCUGUACCUGGAUCUAUUCAAGAAGGCAAUUCUACGCGGCAAAGAGAAGCGCGCGCAAGACAAUAUAUCUCGUUAAUUUUCCAGAA